AUGACAGAGCUGCAGGUUCGAAGCCACCGGCCAUCGUACAUCAAUGCCAUUCUCAUUCAAUCUCGCGGCCGGACGGAGCCACAUGCAUGCCUUGCCUGCCGGAGUGCUCAUCCAGGUCUUCAGCCAUUCCCAGAAUGCCGUCGCCUGCCUGGCCACUUUGGUGGAGCAUGUGGCAACUGCAAAUGGCGUGAUCAUGCCAUUCGCUGCUCCGUACGAGAUGGGGAAGGGGUGGAGGUGAUAGAGAUUGUGGAUGAUGAUGAUGAUGAGGAGGAUGGCCCUCAACGGCGGAUGAGGGGUCCCUCUGAACAGCAGCUGCUCACAGCUGGUUCAACACCUGCUGCUCCUAUAAUCCUUGAUUAG